AUGGACAGAUUUCUUGUACAACCAGCAAAUCUUAAUGAAUCCGAUAGAAGUAGUGACGAGCUUGAUGAUCCAAUGGAAGAUGAGAAGGAAAUAAAUGAUGAGACUAUUAAUGAAGAAGAUAAGAAGAAUGAAGAUAAUGUUAACGUUGACAUUGAAGAGGAUGAGAAUCUAAGUAUAAAGGAGAAUCAUGAUGUGAAUGAUCAUCAAGAUAGUACAGAUAUAGGCAGAAUCUUAGAUAUUUAUGAUCCUGGAAAUUGGGGAGAAGUCAAACCUGGAUUAAGACUUGUCAUGGUUGAAAAAGGUCCUGCUCAAAGACUACCGAAUGAUUUUGUGUUUCCAAGAGAGAAGUUGUUCACUCGCGACAACAAUCCCAGUCACAUGGCAUCUAAGGGAUUCAAUGACUGGAAACAUAUUUUGGAAAGGUUAAGGUACCACGAGACAAGUCAUGAGCAUAUCAAAUCAUUCCGUGGGGGAAACGAAAAGCUAAGAGUAGAUGGCAAUGGAAAUUUUUUAAGCUUUAUUGAUUCAAUGGCUGAGUGGGAUCCGGUAAUGAGAGAACAUGUUAGACGGUUUGAAGAUGGGGAAUCUCGUUAUCACUAUCUCAGCAACAAAAUUCAGAAUGAGUUGAUAGCAACGAUGGCUGAUGAGAUCAAAGAUAUAAGUCAUCAUGAACAAAUGACUCUUAUCCUUCGAUGUGUUGAUGUUUCAGCAGCUUCAGCUAAGAUAGAAGAAUUUUUUCUCACAUUCUUGAUAGUUAACGAUACAUCCGGAGAAGGGCUUUUCCGUGAGAUUCAGAAUGUAUUGGUUUCUCUUGAUUUAGAUAUUGAUGAUGUGAGGGGACAAGGAUAUGAUAAUGGAUCCAAUAUGAAGGGAAAACAUAAAGGAGUACAAAAAAGAUUCCUUGAUGUUAAUCCACGUGCAUUUUAUACGCCAUGUGGUUGUCACAGUCUUAAUCUUGCUCUUUGUGAUAUGGCAAGCACUUCUGAAAAAGCCAUUUCAUUUUUUGGGAUAAUCCAGCGUAUUUAUAAUGUCUUUGCAUCUUCAACAAAGCGGUGGAAAGUUUUAGAAGAUAAGGUGGGAGGUUUGACAGUGAAAUCUUUAUCACAGACUAGGUGGGAAAGUCAUGUUAAUUGUGUUAAGGCGAUUAGAUUUCAAGCUCCAAAGAUAAGAGAUGCUUUAAUUUAUAUAGCAGAGACUACUGAUGAUCCGAGUACACAAAGCACUGCUGAGUGUCUUGCUACAAGCGAGACACAUGGGAUUGGAAAUUAUGAAUUCUUGUUGUCUAUGGUGAUUUGGUACAAACUUUUAUUUGCUGUUAACACAGUAAGCAAGAGUGUGCAGUCAAAAGACAUGAAUAUUCAAGUUGCUGUUUCUCAGUCAGAAGGACUUGUUUCUUUUUUUCGAAAUUAUAGAGAAACAGGCUUUGAGAGUGCAAAAUCUGAUGUUAAACAGAUUGCAGAAGCUAUGGAGAUUGAAGCCAUGUUCCCAUCAAAGAAAAAGCGUGUCAUCAAAAGAAAAAAGUUUUUUGAUGAGGAAUCAGAGUUAGUUGAUGAUCAGUCUAUAGAUUUAUCUCCAGAAGAGAGCUUCAGAAUUUCUUAUUUCCUUGAAGUCAUGGAUCGAGCUAUUUAUUCUCUUGAAACAAGGUUUGAGCAAUUUCAGAAGUAUGAACAAACAUUUGGAUUUUUGUUUGAUUUGGAGAAACUGAAGUCAGCAAGUGAAGAUAGUUUGAUGAGGCUUUGCCACAAGAUUGCAAGAGACCUCUUGAAGUUUUGA